AUGAGGAGAAGUGUUAGUGGAAAGCGUCGCCUGAGGACUGAUGUGUCUGUGUCUGUGUCUGUGUUGGUGCUAAACAGCAGCAUUUUCAAGGUGAACUCGGUUCAGACCUCUGUCCAGAGGAAGGUUUUAAGUGAUUCUGUUAUUGGAUUGUGGGUCGGUACACAGGAAGUGCAUGACCUCACAGAGCCAGUCCAGCUGAAGUUCAAAAACACCAUUGAUACUGGAGAAAGAACUUGUGUCUUCUGGCAAGGAGAGCAGGGGCGUAACACAGGGAACUGGAGUGAUCACGGUUGUAAUACUACCGUAGAGAGAAAUCAUGUUGUUUGUAAUUGCAGUCAUCUAAGUUUUUUUGCAGUACUUGUUAACCCUGCACCAGAGGUAAAGCCUAAGGACAUUCUGCGUCUCAGAUACAUUUCCUACACAGGUUCAGCAUUGUCUGUGGCAUUCACAGCCAUCAGCAUUCUGGUUUUUAUGAGUCAGAGGAAAAUGAAGUCAGAGCAGUCUCUCCUCAUUCACAUGCAGCUGACAGGCUCCCUGAUGUUCCUGCACCUAUCAUUCCUGUUUAGUGCUAGUUGGUAUGGUGGGGACGGUGGUGUUUGCUUGUCUUUGGGGCUCAUCCUGCACUGGUUCCUACUUGCCACCUUUACCUGGACUGCCAUUGAAGGCUUCCAUCUCUACCUCCUGCUGGUCCGUGUCUUCAACAUUUACAUCAAAAGAUAUCUUCUUAAACUGAGCCUAGUGGGAUGGGGUGUUCCAACUGUGAUAGUAACGGUAUGUGGUGCCAGUGGAGUGUAUGGCAGGUACCCGCCAGGGGCUAAUUCCACAGGACUUUCCACAGAGCUAUGUUGGAUUAAAACUCCAUCAGUCGGUUACGCUGUGGUUGGUUAUUUGGCUGUGGUUCUGCUCUGUAAUACAUCUAUGCUGGGGGUGACUUUUGUGAAGAUGAGGAAGCUGCGUAUGCAGGACCCUCUACAGCAGGGCAGGAAAAAGAGAGUUUGGAAAGACUGGUUCACUGUACUAGGUCUUAGUUUUGUGCUGGGGCUGCCAUGGGGGUUGUCGCUAUUCACCUAUGGCCCUCUGCCUCUCCCUGGACUUUACCUCUUUACUGUGUUCAACAGUUUGCAAGGUGUCUUCGUGUUUCUGUGGAUUCUGUCUAUUAUCUGCAAGAAUCGUUCAGAGCAAAAAUACUCCAGCAAAGAUCCCUCCACUAUGAAAGAGAAUGUCAACUCCACAUCACAGUUUUAG